GAAUAAAAAUUCAAUCGGAAGUGACUUGGUAUUCUUUCUAGGAUUUUAAUAAGCAGUGCUCUACGAAGGUAGGAAGUCUGCAGUGAGACAUUUUCCGCUUAAUUUUAAAUUACCAGAUAACAGGUGAGACGAGUUUCCGCUGUCGGAAACAGACGAGUUCAGUGCUGUUGGGUCGGUGAAGUGUUUCAGUCGGAAACGAAUUCCAGUGGUCCUUUGCGACGGUAAAUUAUUCUGAUAGUGACAACAGCCAGGUAGAGAGCGAGAAAUCUCAAUUUUUAUCUGAAGAGAAACCGAAGUUUGGUGAAGUUAGUAAGAAGUGGUUUACUUGAGUCUCCAGAGGACGGUGUUAUUCUGCCAGCGGCUGAUAUAACGAUCACGGUAAAGUUUUGUGGUUAGUUUCGCAUCUCGUCAGUUGGACUAUCUGCUUCGAGGGAUUGUUAUAAUCAACAUAAAAUUACGAUUAUGAAAGGCACUUUGUGGCUGUGUACAUUGGUGACUAUUUUAGUAUGUGUCAGACGACAGGUAUCAGGCCAGCCGUUCACAGACAGGAGGAUCAUACAGCCACAAGAUAAUAGUUUGGUUUCGCCUGCCAAACGAACGAAGGCUUCGCUGUCGAUAGUGAAUCCAUUGGAUGUGCUGCGACAGCGAAUCAUCCUCGAGAUGGCCCGAAGGCGAAUGCAGGAAAACUCGAUGCAGGUCGCCCGGAAUCAGGCCAUCCUCCGUGAAAUCGGCAAGCGAAGCCACGAUGUGUUUCCACAGGAUGAAAAUCCGCUCCACUUUGGUAGCCCGGAUCGUUUCCACCACGACAGAGUUCCACUGGAACGGCGCUACGGCUACCUCGCCCCCCAACGCCAGCUGGAGGACGACCUGGGGUCUGCGGAAAAUCAGGAACCUGCCGGUAUCAGCUCGAACAGCGUCGCUAGCAGUAGAGACGGAAGCGACAGCCUCGGCAGUGCCACCAGCGAAACGGGAAAACAAAUUAACGAUCGUAAGGAAAUUAGCAGCAGUAGAGACAACAGUGGGGGUGUGCUCACAUUGGCCGCCGAACAAAGGCAGCUGGAACGAGAACAACAGGAGGCCCAGCAGGAAGCGCAUAAAAUUCUCCAUUCUGCUGUGGCCAAUGGUGGACCACAGGAGAUGAGAUUUUCCAACGAACGGGUGAUGCUGCCCAACAAUCUACGCGAUGACGACGACGGUGAUGGUGAAAACGACGAUGAAGAGGUUGAGUAUUUCCAGAGCAGCUAUUUUCCCAGCGGUCGUGGCCACACACAACUGCAGCAGCACUUACCAAGGGAUGACGAACGAAUUAACAGUGAUGAUAAUCGGCUAAGGUAUUUGUACAGAAUCCAAGACAAGUAUUUCGGCUAGAAUGAAGAACAACACAGGACCACUCAAAUGACGCAAUCAGUUUAACAUUUAGUUUAUGCACACGAAUUCCGAAACAAGUUGUAGAAACACAAGCGACUUAUCCGACGUGUUGGUAAUAAAGGUGGGAGGAGAGAUAUGCUUAAUAAUACCUGUGACCAAUCAGUUUUUCUGCUUUUCCAGCUCAGUGAUUUGAAAAGGUAAGCAACUGAAUUGGCAGUCGUUUAUCGAAUAAUCGCUUUCCAUGUAGUUGCUAGCAGGCUUCCUUCGCAAGCCUUCGUGGUCGGAUUUCCAAUAUCCGUUUUAACAAUCUGUUGAAACUUUCAAAGUGCCAUCGCUUGACCAAUGAAGCAUUAAUUUGCCAGCCAAAUUGAAAAGUGAAAAAUUCAAACAAAAGUUUUCCGAGAGACGAGCUUGAUGGUUCAUGAACUUUCGUGCUAAACUCGAGUUCUAUUGGCAGCAGAUUCAGUCGGUUACGAUUUAUGGUUUGGGACACAGAUUUAAUCGUAUUUAUAUUCGACCGCAUUUUUUGAAAGAGCAGAGCAGGUCGACCGAUUGAUGAGGUGGCAGUUACCAUUGGCAAUUAAAAUACUAACUAACCACCCACCUAAUUUUGAUUUUCGGUGAAAAUGGCAGAGCCUGACUUCUCAAUAUAAUAAGGUGAAGGUUAAUUGCGUAGAAAUGGUUACAAAAAUAUGUACGUUAUACUUAUGUACUAAAA